GAAAAUAACCAUAACAACUGUAUACAUUUUUAUACGUUUGAAAUACAAAGUGCUUGAAGAUUGUUUACAUCGUGCAGAGAGUAAAUGGGUUCAUUCGUUAAUGGCAAUACAAAUUAUACUUAAUUAGCAACGAGACACGACAGAUGCUCUAGUCAAGUUUUUUUUUCAGUCUCUGGAUAGCUAAGUUUUAUACAUCGAAACACAAGGUUUAAAAAGUAACUCAAAAUGAGUCGGCUAUAUGACACCGUCGAGCCUGCUGUCAUUGACGAGGAAAUGCUCAAAAAGGCUGUAGAGGAACAGGGACCCAAAGAGGAAGCUGGGAAAAUAGCAAAGCAAGAGGGCAUUGACUUUGGAGAUGUUUUAUCUCUACGACUUGACUUUCUUAAUAUUUUGAAAAUUGAUAACCUAUGGGAAUUCACCAAACUAACAAAAUUACAAUUGGACAACAAUAUUAUUGAAAAGAUUGAAGGCUUGGAAAGUUUGGUAAACUUGGUUUGGCUAGAUUUGUCCUUCAACAACAUAGAAGUCAUUGAUAACCUUGAUUCACUGACCAAACUGGAGGACUUAACACUGUACAGUAACAGAAUUUCUACCAUAGAAAACAUGGACUCCCUCCUCAACCUUCACGUCCUCUCACUGGGCAGAAACCAACUCACAGACUUAGAAAAUUUGCGAUAUUUAAGGAGAUUCAAAAACCUGAAGACCCUCAAUUUAUCAGACAAUCCCUUCUGCAAACAAGAUGAAUACAAACAAUAUGUGAUUGCAUUUUUGUCUAACCUAGAGUUUUUGGAUUACAGACUUGUAGAUCAGCAAUCUAGAGAUGCUGCCAUAGAAAAAUACCAGGUAUCUAGGGAUGAGAUGCUUCAUAAUGAAAAGCAGGCAGAAAUCAAGAAAGAGGAUGAGACAAAACGACAACAAGAACUGGAGAAACACAAGAAUGCCUAUGUAGAACUGAUGAAUGGACCAGAUCUCUUUGAACAAAUGUAUGCUGAGGAUAAGGAGGGUCAAAAACUGAAUGAGAUGCCCGGUCUAGAAGAUCAACUCCACAGCUUCAAAGAGAAGUUCAUGCAGAUCUGUACCCAGAUCUUUGACUUUGGUAUCGCUGAGCACGAGAAGCGUGAGGAGGAGGUCAAGAGUUUCUGGGAGUGUGUGGAGGAAGCUAAACAGGACAACAAGAGGCUGGGCAUGGUUCACAUCGAUGAGUUCACAGAGACAAAGAAAAGGAUGUUACUAGAGAUGUCCCAGAUGAGUGAUCACAAGAUGGUCGAGCAGUAUGCCCGGGAUUACAAUGACAAGAUUCAGGUGCUGUGGGACAAGCUGAUGGGACUGGAACUACAGCUUGUGGACCAACUGGAGGAAGUAAUCAAGGAGUUUGAGAGGAAUAUGCAGGACAUGGUUGGCACAUUCGUAGAAAAUGUCCAAGCACUUCUCUCCCAAUGUCGAGACUUGGAAAAUAAUCAUCACGAAAAAAUGAUGGAAAUUGCAAUUGUCACUCUGGAAAAGGUCAUAAAAAAUGAGCUGGAUGAUGAAAUAUCUGAUGACCUAAAAAUGUUACUUGUGGACAAAGAUACAAUCAUCAAUGCAGUGUCUUCAUCACACGAUGUGCAUCUCCUAAAGAUUGACAACAAAGAGGAUGAUAUUGUCACCCGCAUUAAUCAGUCCCUCAAGAAUUUAAUAGAACAGAUUCACCAGGACGAGGAAAUCACACGCAACAGGAUGCGAGUGUCUGAAAUCAACAAUCUAAUUGACCAUUUACGAGAGGAGAUGGAUAAUUUGGAGGUCAUGCAAAACUAGUGCACGUGUGCCGAAAAGCACGACUCUGUGGACAGAUUAUUGUGAUCCCAGUAAAACAAUGUUGAACUUGUCUGUUAAGACUGAAUGGACCUCUGUAAUUACAGUGUAUGUCUGACCAGAUGGAUGUUAUAACUAUAAGUGACUAUGUGGAAGGAAAAUUUCAGAGACUGAAAUUAUUAUUAUUUGAACAUGCUUCAUUGCACUGAGAUGAAACUGUGAUAAUAUAAGCAAAAUAAAGCAGAAAACUUCAAAA